AAAACCGUUAUUCAAAUAAAAAAGUGGUCAUUGUUUACUUCUUUCCUCGCAAGUACCAGUGAAACUUUUAAUAGUUUACAAACCAACUAAUGAUUCAACUAAACUCACGUAAAUGGUACAUAAAUUUAUUAACAUAGCCCAUUGACUCUAAAACAUGGAUGAAUCAUUUGUAUCUCAAACUUGAUCCUCAAAUUUGAAUCUCCCCAUGGAAACUUCAUUAGAGAUAAUAACAGGAGCAGCCAUACUGAUCAUCUCCAGCAGGCAAAAAGCUUAACACGACACUGCAAUUUUUUCAUCGAUUUCAUAAUCCUCCUAAACCGUUGUCUUCAGGUCACUAAGAAUAGUAUUCAGUUCACUUGCCAUGAGCCUUCCACGUUUUUUUUUUUUUUUGAACAUUAAGUAUAUUAUUAUCUACUAGUUAAUAAAACUGUAAGUAUUCUAGUGGUUUGGCUUUGUUGUUUUUGUACCUCUGGUCACGGUUUAAAUCCGUGGAAGAACAUUUUUUAAUAUUUUAAAACGAGUUUUAGAAGGGUUUAACAGAAAUUAGAAACAAUGGUUAACUUCUAAUACAUUAGAUUUAAAUGGCUAGUCAAUAUAAGUUGAGACUUUAAAUGAUCCAUAAAAAGAGAUACAUAUGCCCUUUUGAACUAAAAAUUGGUGAUUUAAAUGAUAAUUUUCUCAUAAACCAAAGAACCCAAUAUUUGACUAAAGAACACAAUAUUUGACUAAAGACAAGUUAAUAUAAAUGAGACUACGUAACCAUUAUAUAUGGCUCAUAUAUGUAUAUGACUACAACAGUACAAUAGUUGAGGAAACAAAACAUAUAUAAACCAAUACAUAAACAGCUUUAAGACAUAAAUUAGCUCAAUAAUAAUCAAAUAUAAAGUAUGGCGACUUAUAAAGAGAGAAGGACUUUUUAGCUUAUAGAGGAGAGAAUGGUUGAAAGUUUAGUGAGAGGAGAUAAGGUGACUAUAGAAUAAAUUUAUGGGAACGUACCGAUGUGAGAUAUUAUCGGUUUCUCUUCAUGAAACCAAUUGAUGAUGAUAAUUUUACCGGGAGAUUCAAGAGAUUAAAAUUUACAGGCAGGAAAGAUAAUUUCAUGCUCCGAGAAAUACGAAUACAUUGAUUUAACUUUUGGACAAACUAGCGAGAAGAGUUCUGGCGAGAGAAUUGCAAUAGUUUUUCGUCCACUGUUCCGAGGACUUAUCGAUAUAAUAUAUAAUCUUACAUUGUUGUACCCAAAAACUACACACAAAAACUGUCAAGAACCUUCUGAUAAAACAUGGUUAUCGGAAAUACAAAUCAUUCGACAAAAUACCAACAAGACAUUUCGAGAAAAAAACUGAGGAAACUAAAUAAUCGAAAAGUUCAGAGAAUAUUUAGAUAAGAGUUAUAUGUUCACGGAAAGUUCUUGAUAUCUCGUCACAACCUUUCUGAAGAAAGAAGUCAUCGCUGCUAGUUGUAGUUGGGGUUGAAGUUGUUUUCUUGUAGUGUUUGAAUUCAAAUAUAACAUCUAGAUGUUGAUGCAAUAAUGUUCGAAUGAUACAAAAACAAACAUGUGGAUUAAACAUUCCAAAGAAAGAUUAAUACAUCUCAACCAAUGAUAUAGCUGAAAUUAGCAGCUGAAUACAGCAAUCGAUAGACUUCUCUACAAAAGAGAUUGGCAAACACGUCUUCGAUCUCAUUUUUUAGCCAUCGAACUAUAAACAGUUAUAAAUGAAAAGUCAGUCUUCGCAGAAUGUCUCAACGUGAAGUUUCCAAAAAAAAAUCGAAGUGAAGUUUCAUAAAAAUGUCUUACCUUUCGUUUCCACGCACUUUUCUUUAGUUUAUCGAUCGACUAAUAAUAAUAAAUAAUAAUACACUUGCUCGACUCCUCCUCUAUAAAACACCCUGACUUGGUUACUCAAAUCAUCAUCUUCUUCCUUCUCAAUUUUCCAUAACUCUCUAUAGUCUCUGCUUCACUUAUGCCCUAGCUUCUUCUUUUUUCUUUCUUGUUGGCUCUUUGUUUUUUUUGGAGUUUUUGUCUCGAAAUGGCUUCUUCCAACGGGUACGAUGAUGUUCCCAUGCUUCCAGUUUCAUGCACAUCAUCAUCAUCUCGUACUAGGCCUUUCACUUCCAGAUCACGUAGCGUUUCCCUCUCAAACACUUCUUCCACCAUUGACGUAUUCGAAAACUCAUCGACUGUUGUUUUAGGCUACACAGAUCCUCUUGGGACCCAGAGACAGCCUCAGCUAGUGCAAAUGGGUGACCCUAUUUCCUCUACUCGCAAUCUUGAGUUGGUCUCAAAACAUGCACAUCCUUACGGUACCACUUGCCCUUCUGACUACAAUCGCGAAGCUGCUCAAAUCCCCACUCCCAGAGUUUCUGAUUCCAUGGUCCAUAAUGCUCGGGAUGAUGAUGCUAAAGGCUGGGCUAGGCGAUUUGUUACAUCUGUUGAUAAAUACUUACCCAAAAUCAUGGAGCCCGACUCUAAGGAAGUUGGGGGAUGGACUAUAUUCUUUGCCUUUUCAUGCUUGUUGUCUAUUUUCGUAGAUCCCCUCUUCUUCUUCCCCAUACAAGUCAGUGAGAGUGGAAAAUGCAUUAGGAUCGAUGAAAAGAUGGCUCGCGUAUUGGUAGCUCUUAGAAGUUUAACAGAUUUCUUAUAUUUUGUAAACACCCUGCUUCAGUGCCGAUUGGCAUAUACAGAUCCUAAGUCUACGGUUGUUGGUUCUGGCCAAUUGGUUAAGGGAUCAGUAGAAAUUGCUAAGCGUUACUACCGAGGAAAUUUUCUCCUAGACUUGGUCAUAGUGAUACCACUUCCACAGAUACUGAUAUUAUGGAUAAUACCGCACGUGUUAGUCAUAUAUGGGGCAAACACUAUAAAGAACCUUUUAUGCACUGCAGUUGUUGUCCAAUGCAUCCCAAAGUUACAUAGGCUUUUUCAUCUUCUAGCCAGAAAAAGAACAACAGGGUUCAUAUUUGAGUCGGCUUGGGCUAGCUUCUUUAUUAAUCUUUUUACCUACAUACUUGCUGGUCAUAUUGUUGGAUCUUGCUGGUAUCUUUUUGGUCUGCAGAGAGUUAAUCGAUGCCUUCGUGAGACGUGUGAAGAUCAUAUGGAAUCGAAAUGUCAUGGUGUAUGCAAAGAACUAAUAGAUUGUGGUUUACGCCUAAAAGAAAAACUAAUAGAUUGUGAGCGUCGUAACACGACAGUUACACAGGCUGUGUUGAAUUGGAAUGUGACUGCUGCCGCUUGUUUUCAAGAGAAUGGUUUUCCUUAUGGAAUCUAUUGGAAGGCAGUCAAUCUCACCCAUGACUCUAAUCUGCCCAAAAAAUACAUAUACUCUCUUUUCUGGGGGUUUCAGCAAAUCAGCACGCUUGCUGGAAACCUAGUCCCAACUGACUUUGUCUGGGAGGUCUUAUUUACCAUGGCUAUCAUCGGACUGGGGCUUUUCCUUUUCGCGCUUCUUAUUGGUAAUAUGCAGAACUUCCUUCAGUCUCUCGGCCGCAGGAAUAUGGAAAUGACUCUGAGACGGCGUGAUGUAAAUAACUGGAUGAGUCAUAGACAGUUUCCAGACGAUAUAAGAACGAGGGUGAAAAAUGCUGAGCGAUUAAACUGGAGUUCUACUAGAGGAGUUAACGAAGAAUUGCUCUUUGAGAAUAUGUCUGAUGACCUUCAAAGAGAUAUAAGACGACACCUCUUCGCAUUUCUCAAGAAGGUGAGGAUAUUUUCGAAGAUGGAUGAACCAAUCUUAGAUGCCAUCCGUGAGAGGCUGAAACAUAAGACUUACUUAAAUGGUAGCAUGGUCUUGCACAGCGGAGAUCUAGUUAAAAAAAUGGUAAUCAUAGUGAGAGGUCAGAUGGAGAGCACUCGAGAAGACGGUUCUUGUACUCGUUUAUCAAAGAGAGACGUUUAUGGUGAAGAACUUCUCACUUGGUACGAACGCUCUUCUCUAAACCCUGAUGGGACUAGGAUAAGGAUGCCAUCAAAGGGAUUGCUUAGCAACAGAGACGUUAAGUGCGUGACAAACGUGGAGGCGUUUUCACUCAGUGUAGCAGAUCUUGACGACGUCAUGAGCUUGUUCCCGAAUCUCGAGAUUUCUAAGGAGUCAUAGAGUACAAGGAGCCAUGAGGUACGAAUCUCCAUAUUGGAGGCUAUGCAGAUUCAAGUGGCUUGGAUAUAUAGAAGGAGAUGGCUUGGGAGAUCGUACUGCUCAGUCAAUUAGAUUGUAAUUUUAUUUUCGAUGGAAAUUAAUGAUGAUAUAAGAUUGGUGGUUGCUAUACAACUAUAUUGUACGAUGUAUUUUUUUGCUUCAAUAAGAUCAUUUUCAUCUAAGUUUAGAUUGAAUAACAUCUCAACAGUAGUUACCUUUAAUUUUCUCCUCCUUCAAAGAUUACGUUAGGCUAUAGGUGGAGCUUGAACGAUAGGGAAUUAGCAGAAAUAAUGUUAUUAAAAUUUGGGUGGCUCACUGGCCACCGACUGUUACAGUCGCCGUUCUUCAUCAAUGUCGCUUUCCUGCUACGUCUAUCUAUUUCGCGACGAAUAUCCAACCCGUUCUGUGGGGUCGACGCCUGUCAUCCAAACGGAACUGCGCCUUACCAGCCAGAUACGUCACCAUCUCUGCCGCCUGCUUCCCCUGUCCUCUCGCCGAAGCUUUCCUUCCUCCACCGUGCUUCCUCCGCCGUACUUGCAGACAAGGUCAUGUUUCUAUUUCUCUUGGGCUGGGCCUUCAUAUAUUGAGAUUGGGUUUGGUGAGUCCAGUGGUGUUUAACUAUUAUUUGUCCAGCCUAAUGAUUAUUUGCCUUAAGAAUUUUGAUGGUGGUCACUGAAAUCUUUACCGAAGCUGUUCUACAUACAUCUUAUCUCUCUUCUGCGAAGAGUUUAUCAGGAUCAUCUUCAUCAACAUUCAUCUCUUUCUCUUUGAAGAAGAAAACCAUUUUAUCCACUAUCUCCUUUCUAAAGAUUGUUUCUCUUUCAAACGUUAAAUGGAAGUGUCCACCUAUAUCUAUAACCGUUUUGCUAUCUUGCGUAGCGGUCCGUUUGGGCCUGAAGAUGCAGCGGACUUUAUUUCGACGAUACUCCGAGGUGCGGAUUGAGUGUUAACGUCACAAUUUAAGGUGACUAGUUCUCUGCUGUCCGACCAUAUUGUGAAAGCUACAUUGACGCAUUCAAACAUCGUUUUGAGUUCGCUGUAUCUUCUUUUUUUGAAGACCUAUCUAUUUUAUGUUACGCUGUUGUAGUUUAUCUUUUAAAUUUAAAAAGAUGUGUAAUUCCCUCUA